CUGGCGCCGCGCCCCAGCGACUUCUCGGUGUCGGCGCUGCUGACGGCGGGCGCGCUGCCGCCGCCGCCCUACCUACCAGCGGCGCUGGCGGCUGCCGCCGCGCUGUCCGCGCCCUGUCCGCUGCUCAAGCCGCCGCCGCCGCCCUACGCGCCGCUGCCCCCCGACGACGACGGUGUCGUCGACGACCCCAAGGUCACCCUCGAGGGCAAGGACCUCUGGGAGAAGUUCCACAAGCUCGGCACCGAGAUGGUGAUCACCAAGAGUGGCAGACAAAUGUUCCCACAAAUGAAGUUCCGCGUCUCAGGACUGGACGCGAAAGCGAAAUACAUCUUACUGCUUGACAUCGUCGCGGCUGACGACUACCGAUAUAAAUUUCACAACAGCCGGUGGAUGGUGGCCGGCAAGGCGGAUCCUGAGAUGCCGAAGAGGAUGUACAUCCACCCAGACUCGCCGUCUACCGGCGAGCAGUGGAUGCAAAAAGUGGUUUCCUUCCACAAACUCAAGCUGACCAACAACAUCAGCGACAAACACGGAUUCACGAUCCUGAACUCGAUGCACAAGUACCAGCCGAGGUUUCACCUGGUGCGCGCCAACGACAUCCUGAAGCUGCCCUACUCCACCUUCAGGACAUACGUCUUCAAGGAGACGGAGUUCAUCGCUGUCACAGCGUAUCAGAACGAAAAGAUAACACAAUUAAAGAUAGACAACAACCCGUUCGCCAAAGGCUUCCGGGACACAGGCGCUGGCAAAAGAGAGAAGAAUUUGUCGGUGUACCGCAGGCAGGCGCUGUUGACGGCGCGCUCGGACACGCGGGAGGACGACGACGAGCGGCCGCUCGAUGUCGGUGGACCCUCCAGCCCUCCGCCGCCGCCGCCUUCCACGCAGCACACCAGCUCAUGGUUCAGUUCUGGAGGUGGUGGCGACUCUGGUGCCGAAGAAGCCGGCUCGGAUUCAUCGUGCUCGGGUGGGGCGCGGGCCUCCUCACCCCCCGCGGGACCCUCGCGUCCCUCCCCCGCCCCCGACGUCUCUCUCGGACCGCCGGUACAACCUCCGCUACUGCCUUACCUUUACCCUCCUUCGUUAUACCCGCCUCCAUUCUUCCCGCCGCAUCAGAUGCCUCCGGGGCUGCUGUUCAAUCUUCACCCGCUGCUGCAGCAGUACUCUCUGCCCCCGCCACCUGCGCCUCCCGCGCCCGCUCCAGCCCCCUCGCUCUCCAAAACACACAGGUUCGCACCAUACGCGUUGCCAGGCUUGGGAUCGGCGUUCGAACAAGUGGCGCCGCGAGCGAGAAGCUUGAGCUCGUCACCAGCGAGGCCUCGGCCGGGGUCCCCGCCGGCGCGCGCGGCCUCCGCUGACCCUCCCCCCGAUCCCCCCACGUCCACCACAACAUCAACAGCCGCCACGCCUCCGGCCUCCGACCUCAAGAGCAUCGAGCGUAUGGUCAACGGCCUGGACGUCGAGACCCAGGACUGA